AUGCAUUCGCAGAAAUCUCAGCCACUACCUCCCGACCAUGGCUCUCAAGUCACCGUCGCCCAUGGAAAACAUAAUCGACUGUCGACGGACGCUAACGAGUUCACGUCACCGAUACACCACCAUACGAGAGCAAUCACCGCAAUUGAGUCAUCAGCUGAAGAAUCAUUGAGUGUUGCCGAUGUCCCUACACAAUCGAAACACAAUGUCAUAGUAUCGAACCACCGGCAAGACCUAUUCACGCCACUGCCGGCGGAGGUUCGCAAUCGAAUUUACGAGCUCUGUCUAACUGAACAGCCUAUUGGCAUUCGUGAGAGUCGCUAUACACACUAUCCGGUCUACAUUGGAAGCAUAGCCAAGUGGACGGAGCCAGCCCUUCUGCAGACAUCAAAAUUCAUUCGUGAUGAAGCAACGAGACUAUACUAUGCCAACAAUACCGUCACCAUUCAUCUGAAGACCUCUGAGUUUCCCUCUGCAUGCCGCUGGCUCACGAGUAUUUCCCGACGUUGUGGCGCGCGGCCGUUCCGAUUUUUCCGCUUCAUGGUCAUGUAUCCGCGAUGGGACGACCUUGCAGGAUUCCAGAGCCUGGCUCGCUUAUACUUCGAUACUACUCUCGAACUCGCAAAUCCCGAAAUCGCCGAUAUUGAACUCGCCAAUAUCAGAUGGGCCCAGAACAUCUUGGCUUUAAAAGAAGGUGAUCCGGACGAUAUCAAGCUCGCUACAACACCAGUCUUCGAUUCAUUUGGUAAUCGGGUCAAUAUCUUUCCUGAAAGAUGGCCGAUGCGCGUAUUUCGUCGUUGCAGCAUGUUUCUGGGUGCCGUUCAACAAUUCACUGUCAUGCUUUUGGCGUUGCAGGACGCAUUGGAAUUAGGUCGGAAAGCGCGACAAAUGAAGUGGCCGCGCGCUCGCUUCGAGCUGGAGCUGGCUACAUGGCUUGAAGACAAGGAGUCUACGACACAGGUCAGAAGUGCGAAAGCUCAGAGGGCAGGAAGGAGGAAGAAGUCGGAGGCAGAAGCGGACAAGAAAGCAGCGAGGGAAAGGGGAUUUGCUGCACUUUUAGGAAGGACGUAA